UAACCAAAAAGAGAAUUACUCCUGCAAACGCAGGCACUAUUGCGGCUAUUCUAAUCACUCGGCCAUUUACUGUCUGCAGCAUCAAUUUGGCUAAUAAUUAUGCCCGUACUUCAGAACUUUCAGGACCUUGUUCAAAGAACAAUAAACUCGCGU